CCGACGCUGCCGGCGACGGUGGUGCACGCCCGCAACUCGCUGAAAACCACGCGACAAAACAAAACCUUUCCGGUUUUCCGGUUUUCCGGUUUGCAUUAUACCCGUGUGUGUGUUUAUCUAUGAAAGUGUGUGCGAAGAUGCCAUCACUGGAUUAAUCCACAUCUGUCACAAGAAGUGUAUGCAGGAUUGAUUUAAGUUAGGAUAAAAUGCAAGUUACUGAUGACGGACCGCAUUUUGAUUGCUUCGGCUCGCGCACGAGGAGAUGAGGUCCUUCGCGUUGCUCCUGCUCGCCAUUGUCUACGCCAAUCUUUCGACGCUGAUCGCACAGAGACUCGUCCCACCGCGUCAGUAUCACGCCAGUGAUGAUGAUAAGGACCACGAGAAUACACGCACACAGCCGCGGCCCCUCGACGACGAUUACGAAUCGGAUAAUUCCACCGACGAACAGUAUUUGGGAGACGCAUGCGAUAAAAUCUGCAGCGCAUUGCUGCAGAAUGCCUUCUGCAAUCCGGCGACCAAGACGUGCGAGUGUCAGAAAAAGUAUCCAGUUAAGCUCACGGCCGCCACCGGCUGCACGAAGCCAAAACGUUUGGGUGAACAAUGUUGGUACAAAGCAGCUUGCGAAUACUACGACCCUCACGCAUCAUGCGUGCAGGUCCAUCACAAUGCAAUCUGUGCUUGCAGUUCCGGUUACCAUUCGGUGUCUGUCACAAAACCGUCGAAAAAAAUGUUUUGUGCCGAAGACUUGGUGGUCAUGACAACGGACUUUUCGACACUAGCAGGCGUUGUUUCCGGUAUAGCAGUAUUAUCAGGACUUAUCUGUUUCGUGUUAAAGUUGUUUAAUCAGAAUUUGUACGCUGGAAGACAUCGAUAUGGCAACGCCGCAUUGGCACCGCCGAUUUUAUUCAACAGUGACGGAGACACAACCUCGUCCCAACCAAUAUAUGGAAGUUUUUUACCGGUGAGGGAUGUUGCAGGAUCUGUGCCUAUCAUCGACCGCCGGCUGGUGUCGCGGGCGUCCAGCCAGCGGACACUGGCGUCUUCGCGGCGGCCGAGCAGCGCGCCGGGAUGUCGCGGCGUUGCCGUUUCGGCGUCACGGGCAGGUGCGGCACGUGCCGCCGCCAUCUUGCUACUCUCUUGCCAUGAGAUCACCGCCAUCCCGGAGGUACCCCUAGGUUCACGCCGUCCGAGCAUUGCUUCCGUGCACAGCAGCAACUCAAUACGUAGCUAUAGCAUGCGUCGAUACGAAAAGGAACGUGAGCAGAAAGAAGAACGUGAAAUGCAGCGCCGGUUGGCGAAAUUGACGGCGGGGACGAACAACAAUGGCGGCACACGCGUACCACCCACGCCUAGUCCGCAUUACACCGAUGAUUUACUUCCGACUCUACAGGAGGAUGAACAAAGAGUUGUCGGUGUUACUCAAAUACAGAAUCAGGUGCCAUUAGCUUUAUCCGAGGAAAGUGCUUCGAAUAACGGUUUCAAAGAGGAGAUCCCCUCGACGUCGAAACAGUUUCCAUAACAAAUUUAUAUUAAGUUUGCGCGCAUUUCCACGAAUCCCGAACAAGAAUAAUAUCGAACACCACACAUUCCGAAAUAGAACGCUUUUUUAUUCUCGUAAUGAAACCCCAAAAUUCUUCUCUCUAAUUCAUAGACAUUAACUAUAAUAGCUGAUGCGUAACUUGUAAGUAAAAUGAAACAAUUUAUGAAGAAGAAAAUACUACUAAUAUAUGAAUUGACCUAUACACAUUUAUAGGUUAUACAUUAUUGAUAAUAAAAUUAUGAGACAGAUAUCAUAAUAGACUGACACAAAAUGUAAGUAAACUUAACUUAUGAGCCUAGCGUUGUUUAUUCAUACAUAUUGUAUUGUUAUACAGCGUGUAACGUAUGCAACCCAACAUGCUGGUUGUGGUUUUUAGUUGUGAUGUCACUGUAGGCAACCGUAUAUGCAAUAUUUUUGUAUUGUUGAUUGCCUAUAGUAGAUGUUGUGACUAAACAGGUAUAAAUACACGCUGUAUAUGCAAUUUUGGUACGAUUUUCUUCUUUUGCACAAAUGGCGGUGUGUGAUAUAAACGAAUGUAUUGGGAAUUCAGUUUCUAGAUCGUAGCUUGAAGCUAAAUCAUUCGUGCACUCCGUUGGAUAACUAGUUUUUGUUAUUAUGAGGUAAAUUCAGAGACAAGUCAGCAGCUCUUUAAUUUAUAACGUUGAACACUUGGAGGAUUAGCAUAAUCGUGUUGAGUACCAUGUGUCCAUGGCACUUGUGGCAUUGACAAACGCGUAACAUUUUUAUGACAAUGAUGUUGUUGAUGAAAUUGAUAUAAAAGUAUUAUAAAAGUUUAGAUUAAAUAUACAUGUUUUAAGAAUAAAUAA